AUGGCACGUCCAAACUUCUUAAUCAUUGUCGCAGACGAUCUCGGAUUCUCGGAUAUUGGAUGUUUUGGUGGGGAGAUCAAGACACCGAAUUUGGACAAGCUAGGAGCAGCCGGAACGAGAUUCACUGGAUUCCAUACGGCGUCCGCAUGCAGUCCUACACGAGCAAUGCUCAUGUCUGGAACGGAUCAUCAUUUGGCUGGCGUUGGUCAGAUGGUUGAGUUCAUGACUGCUGGAAGCAAAGCCCAACAAGCAUACUGGAAAGACAAGGAAGGCUACGAGGGCGAACUAAACCGUAAAGUCGCAGCCCUGCCUGAACUCAUGAAGGACGCUGGAUAUUUCACGCUCAUGAGCGGCAAAUGGCAUUUGGGGUUGACAAAGGCCACGGCACCGUGCUCGAGAGGGUUUGAUAGGAAUUUUAGUAUGUUGCAUGGAGGACAUAAUCAUUAUGCAUUCGAGCCACAAGUACAGCCUUCGGAUGCUUCGGAUGUAGACGAGGGGCCUGGGUCGCCACUGCGUAAUCCUGGGAAACCACCUCUGUACAUGGAGGGAGACCAAUUCAUUCCAGCCAGUUCGCUUCCGGCAGACUUUUAUAGUACGGAAACGUUUACGGAUCGUUUGGUUGAGUAUUUGGAAGGACGUAGUCCCACGGAGAAGCAGGCGCCAUUUUUUGCGUACUUGCCUUAUACUGCGCCCCAUUUCCCACUCCAAGCACCCGACCGCCUCAUCGCCAAAUACAAGGGCCGGUACGAUGCUGGGCCAGAAGUAUUGCGUGUCGAAAGGAUCGAACACCUGAAGCGUCUCGGGCUAAUCCCGCAAAAUGUCCACCCACAUCCCAUGGUGCCGCACUUCAAGACCAAGAACUGGGUCGACUUGGCCGAAGACGAACGUAAAAAAUCCGCAAAGAUGAUGGAAGUGUAUGCCGCAAUGGUUGAGUCUAUUGAUGAGAAUGUGGGCAAGGUUGUCGAGUAUUUGAAGACGACGGGAGAGUUUGAGAAUACGUUUAUCAUGUUUAUUUCGGAUAAUGGAGCUGAGGGAGGGCUCCUUGAGGCACGACCCAUGUUUGGAGAACGGGUGCAAAAUGCUAUUAAAAAGUACUAUGAUAAUAGUUUGGAGAACAUUGGGAGAGGGAACUCUUAUGUCUACUAUGGUCCACGUUGGGCACAAGCUGCUACUGCCCCGUCCCGCCUAUACAAGACCUGGAUCACCGAAGGCGGAAUCCGCACCCCAUGUAUCGUCCACUACCCGAAAUACAAGCAAGCAAACAUCACACACGCAAUGACGACAUGCCUUGAUCUCCUACCAACUAUGCUGGAAUUAGCUGGCGCGACACACCCAUCAGAGACCGGGAAUGGAGUAUUUAGAGGUCGUAAAGUGCUGCCCGUGAGGGGCAAAUCGUGGGUACCGUUGUUGAGUGGUGCGGCGAGUGAGGUUUAUCCUGAUGAUUAUGCCAUUUGCUGGGAGUUGUUUGGACAACAAGCCAUCAGGAAGGGGGAUUAUAAGGCAAUCUUUAUUCCUAAACCAAUGGGAUCCGGCAAAUGGGAAUUAUACAAUGUCGCCGCUGAUGCAGGCGAGGUAACUAACAUUGCUGCCAAAGAACCUCUGAGACUUGAAUCAAUGAUUACGGAAUGGUCUGCGUAUGCCUUGAACUCGAAUGUGGUCGAGAUGCCACCAAGUCCGUUGGGCGGUGGAUCUAAAAAGGGUAAAGGUGGUGCUGCUGGUGCCAAACUUUAA